GGGCGCUAUAAAUAGCUGCAGGCGGCAGCGGCAGCAGUGCCUGGAGUCAGCUCCACUGUGGAGGGGCGGCGCCCUGCCCCCGGCCCAGCGCCACGGGCACCCCUCAGCCAGGCGCACAUGGAAACGGCGGGAUGCCUGCAGUGUGGAUGCUGUGUGCUGUGGACCCGCCUGGGAUUCAUGGAGUGGGCUGCGGGGUCCAGCCCUGAGCACUGCUGCACCCGAGGUCCCAGAGCCUGCUGCUGAGGGUCCCCGUGCUGCUGGCUGUCACCAUUGCCCUCGACUGCCGAUGGCCUCUGCUGUCCAGCCUGGGGCCAGCUCUACUGCCUGAGCCCCCUGUCCCCCUCCAGGACUCACCAUACCCCGAUGGGGUAACAUGACAGAGGCCCUGCACAUCAGAGGCCACUGUCCCCGCGGCCGCUGCCGGUGACCCCUGGCCCAAGGGUGCUGGAGUUGGCUCAGUUCAAGUUCAUUCUUACUCUGGCUGUUGUGGGCUUGGGGACCACCUCUGAGUGAAGGAGGCUGUCUGCCCAUCCACCGAUGUGGAGAGGGCGCCCCCAGCGUGGGGUCCAGCUCUGGACACUGCUUGGCGGCUGGAUUUCCUUUGGGUUUUUAAGUUUUCUUUGCUGAGCUUUUCUGGUAGUUCUUUUUAUUUUUUGCCCCUUUAUGACUAUCCCUCUCUGAGAGACAGGAGUUGGAGUUGCCUACAGUACUUUGGGGGGCUGUUUUGUUCCUUUGCUUUUUAAGAGUUGGAUUUUCUUUUUUAAUUAUCCAAACUCUGGGCAGCUUCCUCCCCCACGCCCAAGUUAUUUGCACAAUAUUUGUGCGGGGUGUGGGGGUGGGUUUUUAAAAAGAUCUCUUUCUCUUGGACAAGCACAGGGAUCUCGUUCUCCUCAUUUUUGGGGGGUGCGUGGGGACUUCUCAGGUCUGUGUCCCCAGCCUUCCCUGCAGCCCCUCUCUGCCCUGGAGGCGCCAUGGCUCGGAUGAACCGCCCGGCCCCAGUGGAGGUGAGCUACAAACACAUGCGCUUCCUCAUCACCCACAACCCCACCAACGCCAGCCUCGGCACCUUCAUUGAGGACCUGAAGAAGUAUGGGGCCACCACCGUGGUGCGUGUGUGUGAUGUGACGUACGACAAAGCGCCGCUGGAAAAGGACGGCAUUACAGUUGUGGACUGGCCGUUUGACGACGGGGCGCCCCCACCCGGCAAGGUUGUGGAAGACUGGUUGAGUCUGGUGAAGGCCAAGUUCUGUGAGGCCCCGGGCAGCUGCGUGGCUGUACACUGCGUGGCGGGCCUGGGCCGUGCUCCAGUCCUUGUGGCGCUGGCCCUCAUCGAGAGCGGAAUGAAGUACGAGGACGCCAUCCAGUUCAUCCGCCAGAAGCGCCGAGGAGCCAUCAACAGCAAGCAGCUUACCUACCUGGAGAAAUACCGGCCUAAACAGAGGCUGCGGUUCAAAGACCCACACACGCACAAGACCCGCUGCUGCGUCAUGUAGCUCAGGACCCCGGCUGGGCCUGGCUUCUGGGCCUGGGGCCCAUGGUGGCCCUGCCCUGCCCUGCCCUGCCCUGCCCAGCCCAGCCCAGCCCAGCCCAGCAGGGGCUCCGUGCCUUGGCCGGCCUCACCUUCCUUUUCCUCCCUUAUGCUCUCCAUCCCAUUAUCCCCCCAUCCCCUUAUCCCCCCAUUCGCCCCGCCCCCGUGUGUCCUCCUGCCAUUUCUGUUGGUGGCGCUGCCCAUGGCUCUGUCUCUCCGAGGUGGCUUGGGUGCCCUCUUCCCCAGACCUCCUUCCCACCCCCUCCCACAGCAGCCUGGGCCGGCCUCCUCCGGCCUGUUUGUUGCAGGGAGGGGGUCUAUUUUGUAAUCACUGGGCCCAGCCCCUCCUCUGCAGCCCCUUGCCCUGACCUGUUCUUGGCACCUUAAGUUAUUAGACCCUGGGACAGUCAGGUGCUCUGGAUGCUCGAAGGCAAUAAAACAGGAGCCAUGGC